AUGUCCAUUGCAAAGCUUGCCAUUGACCCGUUAUGGCAAUGCCUUUGCCCAGCAUGGACCCAAGUGAAUACUGGACGAUCUCUACGCAGAAUACUCCAAUGCCAGACUGAUCGCCGACCCGCCCGUGGGCAGCAACGCGCAUACUCGGCGCAAGCAGCAGCACGUAGCCCUACAAUAUCGCAUGAUGGACCGAGUGAAGACACUGUGCUGUACGGCCGAGACGCUGCAGCAAGAGCGAAGCCUGUUCCCAGACGCCAGCAUGCAUACGACAUCCACCGAAAAGCCCUAGCCGAACGCGAGAGUCUGACAAGACAACCUACACCUUACCUCUACACUCGUCUACGCACCCUAGCAGCCAAUGGCAAGACCAAGGAGACGUGGGAUCUGGUAGAGAUGCUACUACGAGAUCGGAAGGAGAAGCCGAGUCUACAGCUCUACAACGCCUUAAUUUUAUCCAACACCUCCCACGACGACGGCGCUGCCUGGCGCGUGAUCGAGUAUCUAGAGGAAAUGGCCCAAGCAGGCCUGCAGAUGGAUUCGGCCACAUGCCAUGCUAUCCUCAAAGUUCUGGCCGUGCAUCCAGAUCAUUUGCUCCGCGCGGAUGUGCUGGAGUAUAUGCGUGCGCGAUGGUAUCAAUUGGCUGAUGAUGGUGCACAUGAUGUCGCUGCUGGUUUACUCCGAGAAGGGUCUUUCGAAGCGGCUCUGAGGAAGAUCGACGAGAUGCAGGGGAGUGGGGUGGUGGUGCAGUCUUGGUUGCUGGAUAUGAGUGUCUACAUGCUUUCCGCAGCGGGAGAGAUCGUGGAGGCAUACCGUAUCAUGCGACAGCGAUACGAUGCUGGAGAGCUGAACCUCAGUCGGGUGUUAUGGUAUACCCUCCUCGACGCCAGUAGUUCCCAUCGCCACCAUGCCUGCACGGCACAUAUCUGGAACAGCCAGGUGCGAACAGGCUACAUGCGCCCCGCCUCAGGAAUCUGCCUGAACGUCUUGACAACCGCCUCACAAGCCGGCGACGCAGUCCUAGCCACAGACGUCUUUUCGCACUUGUCCAAACGAGGCACCGCCUUCACACCAAUCCACUACCAACUCCUCACAACCUGCUACCUCACCACCACCCCCCCGGACCUCAAACGCGCCCUGACAACCCUAACAAUCAUGGCCCUGGAGAAGAAGCUCCCACCCCCCUCCCAAGCAGAAACACGGACCCUAUUCCUCUACCUCAGGGAUAAACCCGUCUUCACAGCCUUUGCCCUCAACACCCUCCUAGACCUCCACAAGGAAAACCGCAAGAUCCCCAUCGCGGCUCUAAAUCUCAUCAUAGAAUCUUACGUCCACCAGCGUAAUCUCCAGGAAGCUUUGAACGUGUACAAACAAAUCCAUACCUUCAUCCCUGGCCCUUCUGCCCCAGCAUCCGCCACCCAACAACGCCCAUUCGCCAACAUCGAGACCUUCAACCUCCUCCUCCGCGGCUGUCGCGUCGCCGACCCGCCGGACGAGAACCUGGCUUCUUUCUUGGUUUCGGAACUACUCGCUUUACGGGUCAAGCCGACGGCACUGACGUAUGAUCGGCUUAUCCUUGUUUUCGUGCAGGCGGGGAUGCAUGCCUUAGAUUCCUCGGGGGCGAAUAUAGAUUCUGAAGCUGCGGCUUCGCAACGGAAGAGGGGGUUGGAGUUGUUGGAUUGGGCGUUCAGGCAUUUCACUGAUAUGCAGGCCGUCUCCUCUACCUCUCCCGCUCCUGCCACCCUUGCAUCCGCAACUUCGCCAUCCGAUCUGAGCCACGACCACAGCGACGAUGGCGGAGGUCCGGCGAGGCUAGGAUGGAUGCCCCGGUUCGGUACGGUGGAGAGGUUGGCUACGCAGCUCGCGAGGGUCGGGGAUCCGAGGUGUUGGGAUGUUUUGCAGAGUGGAGAGGAUCGAGGGGGGGAGCUGGAGGGGUGGGAGGCUAAGGGAAAGUUUGUUAGGAGGGGGGUUGAGGAGGCUUGGGGGAGGUUUGAGGGGAAGGGGGAAGGGGAGAGGGAGUUUGUGGGGGGUGGGUUACGCAUUGGGGAGGAGGAGGAGGAGGAAGGAGAAGCGUUCGGGAAGAGUGAGCGGCGGGCUGCUGGCGGUGGAGCUUAG